GAGUUCUGGUUAAAUCACAUCACAAGGGGAGAAAACAACGAACGGUCGCCGACGGCAAGGCCUCCAAAUCUAUCUCCCGACGCCACCGCCUCCAAAUCCAGCCUCGAGAGUCCAGAUCCAAAUCCAAACCCUAGUCUGCAGGCACGGGCACCCAUGGAUAAUUUCUUCAACUCCGUGUUCGCUGCCGCCGCCGCCGGCGAGGAAGAGGAAGAGGAGCGUGAGGGCGAGGAAGAACAGGCGGCGUCGGCGGCAGAGAGGGACGGAGGAGGCGAUUUCGGUGGCGGGUGGAGCUUCGGUGGUCUGAUCAAGACGUUCGCCGACGAGAUGGAGGCGCAGAGGGGAGAUCACGAAGAGGGCGAGCAAGAAGCGGCAGCGGCGGCGGUGGAGGCGGAGGAGGAGGGCGGCGGCUCCGGCGGCGGGUGGAGUUUCGGUGGGCUGAUCAAGACACUCGCGGAGGAGUUGCCUCAGCGGGAAGAGGAGGAGGCCGUGGAGGAGGAGGAGGAGGAGGAGCGUGAGCAAGAAACCGAGGCGGCGGCGGCGGAGGAGGAUUUGGGGGAGGGGGAUUUUUCCGGCGGCGGGUGGAGCUUCGGGGGAUUGAUGAAGACGUUCGCGUCUCGGUCGGAGUCGGUGCUCGAGGGCUACCGCCGCGACCUCCAGGACCUCGGCACCGGCCUCCGGCUCGAGACCACGGUCCUUCGCCAGGCCGCUGUGCGGGCCGCCGCGGCGCUCCCCGGCGCGCUCGAGGCCGGUGCUUCCGUCGCUUCCGACAGACUUGAGUCCGUCGGCCAGGCUGUUGAUGACCUUGGGGCCGCCGCUGCCGGCCUCCUCUCCCACGCCAACGAGGCGCUCCGAUCCGUUGAUGCCGAGGGUGAAGAAGGGGAUGGGGACCGCUCUUCCCAACCCUCUGACUCUGCCUCCGGUGCCUCUUGGCGUUCGUCCCUUCCGUCGAAGAAGUACACCCGUUUUGAGGCGCAGGUUCUGGCGCUCCGUGCCGACCCUACCACAUUCACCGAGGAGCCUGAGGAUGCCGAAGGAUUCACCAGGUGGCAAGAGGCAUUCAACCUGGAUGAGAGAAAAGAGGAGAUCGAUGGGGUGCUCAGGGAGAGCCCUGGGCUGGAGAGCUUCGUGGAAAGGCUUGUGCCCUCAGUGGUAGCCUAUGAUACCUUCUGGUGCAGGUAUUUCUUUGCCGUUGACAAGCUCAGGCAGGCAGAGGAUGUUCGUACAAAACUGGUUAGCAGGGCCAUGUCGAAGGAGGAUGAGGAAGAGCUUAGCUGGGAGGUUGAUGAUGAGGAGGAGGAUAGUAAUGGUGAUCGCAAAGAAGACGCGGACACCACAGUAGAUAAGAAAGAGGAGCAAAUUGAUCAGCCUGUUAGCCAUGAAGCAAAAGGUCAUGGAAAACAAACAGCAGUGGAUGGAGAAAUUGUGGUUGAAGAUAAGGAGACACCUUUGGCAGCUAGAAAUGAUGAUAGUGGUGAACACAAUGGUGAGGCAUUGAUACCAACGCCAAGCAGUGUCACAGGUCGGGAAGAGAAGACUGAACCCAGUGACUCAUCUAAGGAGAGUGAUCUUUCAGUGGUGUCUCAGCCAUCAAUGCUGGAGGAAGAUAUCAGCUGGGAGGAGAUUGAGGAUGUAGGCGAUCAAGAUGAGAAGAAAGGGGCGAGCCCACGGUCAAGCUCUACUAGCAAGGCGGAAGAUAUCCGAAAACGGCUGAAUUCUGUUGAAGAUGAUGAGGAGCUGAGUUGGGAUGUCGAUGAGUAAGAAGAAUACUGGGACAUCCGCCAAUUGAGUGAUCUGAAAGCAUUGACUAAAAGUUGGUUAGCACUUACCAGUUACCACCAUUUUCGCAUCCUUGGUCUCAAAUGGAUUUUUAUGGAUAUAUUGAAUACUAUCUCUUUGGAUUUUGUUGACAUACAAUGUGAAUAUUGUGUUGGUGCGCUGGCAAUUCAAUUUCUACGGGGCUGUAUUUUGAUCACUCUCACUGUAUGAUUCUUGAUAGAAUGGUAGUUUUCUUCUGCUAAUGAUUGGUAAAUUGUUUGCAGUUAGUGUU